AUCGAGAACGCCCUCUAUUGCAGCGCGGAGGAAUACAAAACCGGGUGCGUUGCGAUCUUGGUAUAACCACCCUUCCCGUUUGCGUCGAGAGGCCUAGUGCGAAAACAAGGACUUUGGUUACGUUGUGCCGUCGAUCAAUUAAAUUACAGCCGCACUAUGUCUUCCGGUGUGACAGUUUCCAAUGAAGCCAAGACAGUGUAUGAGGAGGUGAAGAAGGACAAGAAGUAUCGCUACAUCAUCUACCACAUCAAGGACGAGCGGGUCAUCGACGUGGAGACCACGGCGGAGCGUUCGGCCACCUACGCGGACUUCUUGGAGCAACUGCAAAACUACAAGAACGAGUGCCGCUACUGUGUCUUCGACUUCCCCGCCUCCAUCCGUGCUGAGGGGGCCUCCGAAUGCGCCAUGUCCGUCGACCGCCUUGUCCUCAUGACCUGGUGUCCCGAGCAGGCGAAGAUCAAGCAGAAAAUGCUGUACUCCAGCAGCUACGACGCGCUCAAGAAGGCCCUCGUGGGCGUCUACAAGUACGUCCAGGCGUGCGACUUUGAAGAAGUCAGUCAGGAGGCAAUAGAGGCCGCCUUCCACUCUUCGCGCAAGUAGGGACAUACACACACUCGUCACGGGCUGAGGCACCACCCCUCCUUUGUUUUUUUUUUUUUCUUUGCCUCCAGAGGUUUUUUUUUUUAAGUUUACAAGAAACAAGGGGGGCAAAAAGGAAGAAGUGUCUGCUCCUGAUCGACACUGAAAGGAUGGAAGCAAGCGGCUGGGGCAACUGCAAGCAUGCGCGCAGCCCCUCCGCAAGGAUGUCAAGACCGGCCGAGCCUUUCGUUUACGGUUGUUUUUGCCGACGGGUGCUUUCCUUCGACGGCUUCCUGUAAUCCGCCUCGAACCCUUGGUAACCUGCUGUGACGAACCCUGUUGAACUUUUUUUUUCUCGUUUGGUUACUUUUCUGGAUGUUCACAUUUAACCGCUUGUUUUCUCCAGUCUCCUUGAACGUUGAACAGAAACUGCCACGCCCAUUUGCAAAAAAAGUUUGUGUAAAACCGGUUGAUAACGAACUGCAUUACUGGCACUUUUGAGACUUGAAACAAGUUUCAAUGUUUUAAGUUUUCUUUUUUCUUGUUAACCAGUAAAGAAAGGUUUCACUUUCUGAUCUUAAUGCUUUCAAGCACUUCGCGUAACACCGAGGCAUUCUAAGUGGCUGGUGUGAGCGGUGCUCAUUUUGCUAUGUAAAAUUUAAAAUCUCGACAAAUUCUUCCUUCCCCAAUGUUAGCUAGGGGGCAAUUCAAGCGGGCAAAAAGAAAAGGGUUUCAGGGUUCCUUUUAUACCAGAGUUGUGGGUGUUUUUUUUUUUUCUUUUUUUUUUUUCUUCGGACACUUGCUUCAGUCCCUACAUUCAGCCAAUUUUUUUUUUGCUUUACAACUUUGUGCUAGUGUGUUUACCCGCUGUAACUAUUUAUUGAGUCACGAGGUUGUUUCUCUUGUUCUCCACUGUCUUUUUUUGCCGGCAUUUUAAAAUAUUUUCGAAUGACAGUAAAGUGAAUAUUCCGAGUGAAGCACAUGGUGUUUGUCCCGCUUAUUUUUUUUAACCUUAUCCAAUUGCUUUAGGCUUGUUUUUUUUUCUCGUAUUACUGUGUGUACAUGGACAAGUGUGAGGUGUGUUUUGUACACCGGCAACAAGCGAACGUGCCCUGGAUAAAUAAUUACAGAUGCAAGCCUCUCUUUCUCGUGUGAUCCACAUGGAGAGAUGCCACCGCACCUCCCCAUCACGGAUGGGCUGAAUCGGAUGGAAAAUUUUUUGUUCUUUUUCUUGUGCCCUUGGGAAUGAAUCAAUCUGGUGAACACUGAUGCAAAUAAAAAGUAUGAAAAUUUUUAUAAAGCUGA